CGGUCAUCGGCACGGACCAUGCGCGCGUGAAGACGUCGUCCUCAUCACACAGCCUACUAGCGUGAAUCACAUGAGCCAUAUUCCGUGAAUCCUCCGCCUGGUUGAAUUCAUGCUGUCGGUCGGUCGGCUGACCGGGGUUGCGAGGCCAGAACAAGACGAUGCGAAAGCCAACAAUCUGCGAAAACAACCCGAAGGAACAGUCGACCUGACGACUUGCCGGGCCCCACGGGAUGUUGUUCGUUGCCGAGAACUGUCCGUAACGCAGCUAUCGUCGUCGUAUAUAAAGCCCUGCUUGAGGUUAUGACUUACUCGACCUCUUGCUCGUCAUACUUUUCUGGAAUUGCUCAACAGCUGCCUCGAUAUAUUCAUCGCCUAGUUGUUCGCGACCUGAUCCAUCAUGUCUGCCAACGAUCUGUCGCCCUCACCCAGGGAUCAAGCGAAUCCUAUAGAUUCCAAGGAAAAGUAUGCGGUCGAGCACAUCGAUGACCGCAACUACAAGCUGGAGGCGGAGGAAGCGGAGAACAAGGAGCAGGCCAUGACGGUCAUGCAGGCCGUCAAAGCCUAUCCUUCGGCAUGUGCUUGGGCUUUUACCAUGUCGUCAACGAUCAUCAUGGAAUCCUACUGUCUUUUCCUCAUGGGUUCCUUCGUCGCUCUCCCAGCAUUCAGGCGCAAGUACGGUAUUCCCGACGGAAAUAACGGUUACGUACUGGAGAGCGCUUGGCAGUCUGCCUUGCAAGUCGGUGGACCUUUGGGAGCGCUUAUCGGGGUCUUCAUCGCUGGACCCAUCACCAGCAAGAUCGGAUAUCGUUAUGCCACAAUUUCAGGUCUAAUGCUGCUCAACGCCACGAUUUUCAUCAUGUUCUUCGCGAAUUCUCUACCUGUUUUCUUCGUCUCUCAAAUCGCGGAGGGUAUUCCCUGGGGUAUCUUUAUCGCCAACGCUCCGGCCUACUGCAGUGAGAUCGUACCGAUGAGGCUCAGAGCCCCGGCCACACAAGUGCUCCAGCUCUUCUGGGCGGUAGGAUCUAUCAUCGUUGGCGGUGUCACCUAUGUAUACCAAAAGGACGACGGUAGUUCCGCAUGGAAAGUUCCCACCGCUCUACAGUGGAUGUUUCCGACGCCACUGGCUGUUCUGAUCUUCCUCGCGCCCGAAUCGCCCUGGUGGUUGGUUCGCAAGGGGAAACUGGAACAGGCCGCCCGUUCGAUCGAGCGACUCGGUCGAAAGUCGCAGGUCAACGGUCCUGAAGGUGUCGCGAUGAUGCGACGAGUCAUCGAGGCGGAAUCUCAAGAAAACCCUUCCCUCAUCGAGCUCUUCAAGGGGACCGAUCUCCGACGAACUGCCAUUGUAUGCUGCAUCUACGCGGCGCAGAACUUGGCCGGGAACCUCAUUGCCAAUCAAGCCGUCUUCUUCUUCGAGCAGGCUGGCAUGGACACCGAUACCGCCUUCGCCCUGGGUCUGGUCACAUCCGCUUUGCAAGCCGUCUUUGUCAUGGCGUCCUGGGGGCUUACAACGCGCUUCGGCCGACGGCCCAUCUACAUCUGGGGAACCGGCUUCAACGUCGUUAUGCUCAUCGCUCUGGGUAUCGCGGCCUGCUUCCCCAAAUCUACGGCCUCAUCUAACGCGCAGGCUUCAUUCGGUCUGAUCGUGUCUGUCAUGUUCACCUUCGCUGCCGCCCCGAUCUCAUGGGUCAUUAUCGCGGAGACUUCGGCUAUCCGUUUGAGGCCUCUUACCACUGGUGUAGGACGGGCUUGUUACUAUAUCGUCAACAUCCCUUGCAUUUUCCUCGGGUCUUACAUGCUUAAUCCUACGGGAGCCAACCUCGGUGGAAAGUGUGGUUUCGUCUGGGGAGGUACUGCGUUGUUCUGUCUGAUCGCUGCCUACUUCUUCCUCCCGGAAAUGAAGGGUCGAAGUUACCGAGAGAUCGACAUUCUCUUCCGUCGACACGUACCAGCACGGAAGUUUGCCAGUACCGAGAUCGACAUCUCUGCCGACGAGUAAUUGUCGUGUAUGUUUGAUACACCCGCACACAACGAUGGCGCCGUAAGCGGGGGCGCUCAGGGAGCAAGGCUUUUGUCUACGAAAGAAGCGGCUACAUGGGAGCGUUCUGGGCCGAAUUGUAUCGUAAUCUAGUUAAAAGUGUAAAAUAGAAGGGGGUCCAUAUCUGAGUACACACCUAUACGAAC